AUGAGUGGUCACACACAACAAAUGAAGCUCAAACAAACCCUCCACGGCUAUCAAAUCUUCUUCAUUGUUCUCAGCGCCGUGAUUGGAAUCGGAGUCUUCAGCAAUAAUGGCGCAGCUAUGGCGAUUGCUGGUCCCUGGGGUCUCCUCCUGUCCGUCCUGAUCAUGAGUCUGAUCGCCAUUGCUGUAAGCGAAUCUAUCGGUGAACUAACCCAAGAAUUCCCCGUCUCCAAUGCGAUCGUCAGAUAUGUAGGCACGUUUGUGGACCCUGACUUUGGCUGGGUGGUAGGCCUCGCCUACUGGUAUGCGUAUGCAGCUUCCUUCGCAGUGCAGAAUGCCGCUGCAGCCGAACUGGCGACGUACUGGGGCUUAAGUCCGACUUGGCAAAUACUGGCAUUUUAUUUUCUCGCUCCUGUGCUGUUCUUUUGGCUGAAUAUGACGGGCGUUUUUUACUAUGGCAUCGUUGAGACUGUAGGGGGAGUAUUGAAGCUGUGCUUUAUCCUUGGCGUAUCAAUCUACUUGUAUGUCUUGUCCGGCCAAGAGCAUCUCGGAGGCAGCGAUGGAUCAAUAUCCGAUGGAUUCCAGAACAAACCACCUAUGUUUCUAACCCAUGCACAGGCCGUCUGUUACGCAAUCCCACUCGUCGCAUACAGUUUCCAAGGCAUCGAGCUGGUCUCCAUGACUGCCUUCGAGGCUCGAGAUGAUCGUGCCCUGCGGUGGCCAGCCCGCUGGACAGUCUAUGUCGUCGUCCUCGUUUAUAUCAUGUGCACACUUGGGGAAGUCCUAACGGUGAAAUGGACGGAUCAUCUAUCGCCGAUCCCUGGCGCACAGCAGGUCAGUCCCCGCACAAUCGACAAGCAACCCCCAGCUUCGACCAGCCUACCUGUCAUCGCGGCCUGGAACGCAGGACAUAAAACGCUAGCCGGCGUUAUCAACGGUUGUUUGAUCCUGAGCGGGCUUUCCGCUGCGAACACAUCCCUCUAUGCUAGCUCGCGCACACUGUACGGCAUCCAAGCGAACGGUAGUCUGUUCAAGCGCUGGGGUGUACCAUUAUCCGCCGAUAAGACUGAACUGACCCAAGCCCUGAGAGGCCUCAGGGACGACAUGCUGGCGGAGCAACGAGAGUCAGCUGAAGAUCGAGACAACGGCGUACCUUUGGAGUGA